AUACUUUGGCGUUUUUAUGACGUUUGCGGUGAUACUUUGACCUCAUGAAUAUGGCGGCGAUGUAGUAAAAUUCUUGGGUUAUAUUUUGAAAUUAACGCAAAAUUUAGAAUGGAGAAAAAGAAAAAAGUUCUCGACGUAACAGCAGCUUCGCUGGUGGAUCUCAAGGCUGAGCUCUAUAGAAAACAGGAAGAGUUCAAGCAAGAAAAACUCCUGAAAGAUGCUGGCGUGCAUAUCAAACCUAAGACAACACAAAAGAAACCAAGUAUCUGGAACAAGCAGAAUGAAGGUGUGUCUGCUCGAGCAGAAAAAGAUGCUGAACAGAAGUCAGAGGAGGCAAAGGAUCUGGAGAAGUCUAGGCAGAGGCUGGAAGAAAAAGCAAGAUUAUAUGAACAAAUCAGUAAAGGGGCACUUCCAGACCAAGAAACAGAGGAAUUGUACUUAGUAGAUUUUACACAGAAGUUUCUUGAUAAGCAAAAAGAGAUUCAGGCUACUUGCCAGAAGGAAACCACUCUUCCUACUGCAUUGGAAAGAAGUGAAGCUGAAGACGCCUCACCUGGAGUCCAGGUGCAAGCUGCAUUAAACCCCAGUGAAGAAUGGGUUGAUUAUACAGAUUCGCUUGGUCGAUCACGUUGCUGCAUGAGGAAUGACUUGCCAGAGCUGCUUAAAAUGGAUAAAGAGCUACAGGAGAAGAGAAAAACAGCUGAAGAGAAGACAUUGUUGUCAGAAGAUAUGCGAAGAGAGCUACAGCGGCAGAAAUGGGAGGAAGAGGAGCAAGAAGCAUUGGCAAGGCCAGUGGGACCCCUUCAUUAUGAAGACAUACGAGCAAAUGAGGCUCGACAGCUUGGUGUUGGUUACUUUGCUUUUGCACGUGAGGAAGCUAACAGACAGAAACAAAUGGAAACAUUAGACAUGUUGCGUGAUCAGACCUUAGAGCAAAGGACAAAGAGGGAGAAACUGAAGGAGAAACGGAAAGCCAUGCUGGAGCAGAGACUAGCAAAAGUUCGACAGAGGAAGAUGAAAAAACUUAAAGGGGAUGGUGUAGAAGAUGCAGAUUUGUUCAAAAAUAAUGAAGAAGAGGGAGAAAUUAUCGGACCAUUGCCAGCAUCACUCAAACCAGAACAAGUACCAGCUGAAGUGAUACAAGCAGAAAAUAAGAAAGUAGAAGUUAUAAUUCAAGAACGAAAAGACACCAAACCAGGAGUACCCUAUGUAAGAGAGUGGGACAAAGGCAAAGAACUGUUAUUUGGUGCUUGGACCAAGUCUCGUCCUGACCCCAGAGAUGAAAGAGAGCCUGAGUUUGCCCCGCCUUCUUCUUACUAUAAGGAGCAAAAGAAACAGAAUUUUUCACAGAAAUGGAAUAAAAAUAGGACUGGCCAUUUUUUUUGCACAGGGCAAACACAAGGUUCACAGCAGCAUGAGUACCAGUUGCCGAAGACAUCCACACAGACCUCUUCAAAGCAAGGACAGACACCAGCAUGCCAGAGUCUGGAUGACCUGCUGUCAUAUUACAGACACUCUUCCUAAGAGAUAUUUAUUUUUUUUCUAAUAGGAUGAUGGUCUUCUAGUGUCAUUCGGUUUCUCUUGUCAGAAACAAAGACAAUGCAGUGUUUUUCUAGCUUCUUAGCUUGUAUAAACUGUAUAUACUGUUCUGUCAGUAACACUGAAUCUGUGAGUAAUGAAUUACUGUGACUCGA